AUGAAGUCGGCCACCGUUAUUAUCAGCCUUUUGGCUUCAGUUGCUCUUGCCCAGCCUCGCCACGGCCACAACCACCAGAAGAAGGACCAUGGUCACCACAACAAGCGUGCCCUUGUCACGGAGUGGGUGACCGAAACCGUCUAUGAGACCGUCACCAAGGUCAUUGACGCGACCACCACCCAGGUGAUCGUUCCUCCAAAGGCCACCUCAACCCUCAUCACCUCCGUUUCGCAGGCACACUCUAGCGCUGCGCCCGUGGUUCCAGUGGUUCCCGCCUCUUCUCCCAAGGUUGAGGCUCCUGCUCCUGCUCCUAUCACCAGCUCUAGCCAGCCCGCCCCUCCGGUUCAGACCGUGGCUCCUGCCCCUCCUCCUCCUCCUGUGGAGAGCUCGUCUGCCCCGGCCCCUGUUGUCCAGCCCGCCGCCAACACCGUUGCCUCCCCACCGGCCGUCGAGACUGUCAAGAUAGAGUCUUCUUCCACCACUAGCAGCUCCCACACUGGUGACCUCACCUACUACGAUGUCGGCUUGGGCGCCUGCGGUUUCGAUGACAAUGGCUUGGACGAGUCCGAAAACAUCGUGGCCCUUUCCCACGAGAUGAUGGGUACCCAAUCCAACGGCAACCCCUACUGCAACAGGAAGGUUGUCAUCAAGGCCAACGGCAAGUCUGUUACCGCCACUGUCCGUGACAAGUGCAUGGGAUGCGCCUUCAACGACAUCGACGUCUCCAAGAAGGCCUUCCUCGACGUCUUUGGUGCCCUUACCGACGGCCGCAAGAAGGUCGAAUGGGCUUUCACCGACUAA